AUGCAAGUGCGUGUCAUUUCAAGAAGUGGCCCAAUCUUCUCUCAGAUCCACAAUUCAUCAGAUUUCACCUCACCAUCCAUGCCCAUAAAGAAGAAGAAGAAGAAGAAAAACUCAUUUGCGUCUCUUCGUCUCAUGUUUUUCACACUAUCACGUUUAACCACAAAACCCCCCAAAACGAAACUGAUGGCAUUUCAAGAAAGCUUUUUCGGCAGCUCUCUGAUUGCUGGGUCAUGUCAUGGCUUGGUCUUGGUGGUGGCUGAGGAAAAUAUUAAAUAUUUGUUCAAUGAUGAGUCAAUUGGAAGUGAUUUGGGGAGUUUGUAUGCAAAUUGGCGUCAAAAAGGGAAGAAUUUGGAGGAAGAUGACUACUAUGAACCGGAUAUUAAAAGUACUUUUGUUGAUAUCUACUCUAUGAGAGAGGGUCUUUGGAGGAGACCUGAGAGUUCUCCUUAUGAUCAUUCAUUUAACGACCUUGAUUCUAGGGUUUUGGUAAAUAGGGCUUUGCAUUGGUUGGCUAGUAGAACUUCUCAUUAUUCAUUUCUGAUUGUUGCUUUUGAUGUAAGUGAUGAGAAAUUUUUGGAGGUGCCAACGUCUACUAUUAUUGAUAACAACAAUGUUGGGUAUUAUGAUCUUGUGGCUCUUAAAGGGUCUCUUUGUAUGCUCGCUUAUCAGAUCGCUUAUCCAGAAGAAAACAAAAUUGAUGUCUGGAUGAUGAGAGAGUAUGGAGUUGAGGAGUCUUGGACCAAAUUUAGGAUUAUAGGAUUGAAUGUAGUGUAUAGUUUGACACCCUUGUUAAUGAGUGGUGAUGAUAUUGUAUUUAAGGUAGAUAUAGGCAAUAUUGAUGGGAUAAGUACUCCGUAUGGAGGAGCUAGAACUUUCAUGGAGAGUCUUGUCUCUUGGCAAUGGAAUUGA